CUGAGGUAGAAAACUCUCGAUCAUGUCUGGAAGAGGCAAAGGCGGUAAAGGACUCGGGAAAGGAGGCGCUAAGCGUCACCGUAAAGUGUUGCGCGAUAACAUCCAGGGAAUCACCAAACCCGCCAUUCGUCGUCUCGCUCGCCGCGGCGGAGUCAAGCGUAUCUCCGGUCUGAUCUACGAAGAGACCCGCGGGGUGUUGAAGGUCUUCCUGGAGAACGUUAUCCGCGAUGCCGUCACCUACACCGAGCACGCCAAGAGAAAGACCGUCACCGCCAUGGACGUAGUGUACGCGCUCAAACGACAGGGACGCACCUUGUACGGCUUCGGAGGAUAAACGUCUUCAAUCUCCACAAACACAACGGCUCUUUUAAGAGCCACCCACACUCUCACACAAAGAGACAAACAUGAAAUUGAGUAUUAAUAAUUUACGAUUUGAGUAUGUGUUUUCAGAAAUUAUGAAAAAAACGAACAUAUCAAAAUAACUCCUUGAAAAAUCUUUAAAUUGCCAACGACAAGGGGGUUGUAUGUAAGUAUAUUUCAUAAACGGAGACUAUUUCAAAGUUGGUGUUAUGUAUGGUUCAAUGCAACGUAAUAAAACCGUGAUAAAUACUAAAUUUCACUGGAAGCUAAUUAAAAAAAUCAUUCAAACACAUCACGACAGUAAA